UGCUCAAAAAGCAAGUAGGAACAAUUUUAGCGCUUUGAUAAAAAAUAAAUUUCAGUGAAAAAUGUCUGUUCCAAAUCUCUCUCAAGUGUAAAAAUAUAAAACAUCAAAAACCUCGCAAUGCAGCAAACCGGAAAAAUUUACCAUGAAACGAGAAAUUUUGUGUUCAAAUACUUCCUGGCAUUUACCUGGGUCGGUUUCAAUUUCGUCGUGUUCUGCAAGGCAUUCUCCAAUUACCAUCAUGAGCCCCAAUAUUACUAUCUCAGUAAAAUUUUGGGGAAUGGCUUGUGCGUGUCCCGCGGUACGGCUCCGGUUCUCAAUUUGACCAUGGCCCUGAUCACGCUGCCCAUGUGCCGAUCGUUGAACGUGCUGCUCAAUGCGAUCUUCGGACGGUGGUCCAGCCGCGUGUUGGUGUUCUAUCUGGAGAAAAUCAAGGUGCUGCAUCUGACGCUCGGAACUGGACUGAUUAUCGUUGGCGGUAAGCUUAUGGAAUGA